AUGGCCGACCUUAUUGCCUUUCAGACAUAUCACCAUAGUAAUCUACUGCCACCGACGAGCUCGACCAUGAUUCCGCGUCACGCCCAUAAGCGAUCGUUGUCCUCGGAGUACCGAGGCCUUUCCCCCGACAAGACGGUCACCAAGGCCAAAUCCACCACCGAUCUCUCCGAAACCAUUUCCAAAAAUGGCUCCAACUCCCAAUUGGCUAGAUAUGAAGAAGACAGUUUCAAUACCUUGCAGGAUCCUCGACUGGCUACCAAAGCGGAGGUUUCACCUUCGACGUCAUCAACCCAUCACCCCGACCUGAGCAACGAGGUUGCAGCGCUAAGUGUGAAACUGAUUCAGGCGAUCAACAAUCAAACACUACUGGACGAUAGCCUGGGUGCUACGCGCCAGGAGCUGGAACUAGCUCAGGGCAAGAUCCAGGCUUUGGAGUUCCAGAAUGAAAAAUACCGACGCGACAUUGACGAGAAGGUCUACAUAAAAAAAAGUGAUUCGGACCGUGAGAUCAUGCAAUUGGGGGCUGCGCUUGCGGAGGAGAGAACGCAGCGCGAAAUUGUCGAGAAAGGGAAGAAGACAAUUGAGCAGGAGCUCGAGGCCCUUACCGCAGAUCUUUUCCAGGAGGCCAACAAGAUGGUUGCUGCUGCCAAGAUUGAACGGGAAGCGGUUGAAAAGAAGAACGAGCAAUUGCGGUCCCAGAUCAAAGACACCGAGCUGCUCCUCGCAUCGCAUCAGGACCAGCUGGCAGAACUCAAGUCGGUCAUGCAAGGGAUGCACAUUUCGAAGGAUGACGUUGAUUCCCGCGCGUCCACGGCACCUUCAUCUCCGGCGGGGCCCUACCAAAUGCAGGGAGCCACGCAGGAACCCGAGCCGAACCAUGCUGUUGCAACCCCGUGUAACCCCGAGGAACUCGUUCCUGGCCCCUCGUGUAAUUUCCCCGAGAUUCUUCGGGUGGUGUGCCGGACUGAUCUGCAAGCCUAUGAUGACUUCCGAGAACUGCUCACGCUUUCCCGGAGCUCCAAGCCCCCUAGUCGCGCUGGCAGUGGUUCAUAUGCAGGCUUGAAUGUGAUGAGCUUAGCUGGCUUCGGCUCUGGUUCAGCCUCUGCGAACAACUCGCCCACAAAGGGAGUGACUAGCUCUCCUAGUAGUUUGGCGUCUCAGCUGGGGUCGCAUAUCCCUUUGAAAGACACCCGAUUCUACAAGCGGGUCUUGAUGGAAGAUAUUGAGCCUACUUUGCGGCUUGACUUGGCCCCAGGUAUUUCAUGGCUGACAAGACGUACGGUCAUAAGUGGCAUCUGUGAGGGAACUUUGGUGGUGGAGCCAAUACCAACGACGACAAAGAAAUAUGAGUUCCCCUGCACUGUCUGUGGCGAACGCCGACCAGGACCCCAAAAUGAAAGGACUCACCGGUUCCGAACUUCGGAGAGUGAGACAGCCCAGCGGUACUCAUUGUGUAUUCAGUGUUUGGAGCGAAUUCGUUCCUGCUGUGAGUUCACUGGGUAUUUGCGACUGAUCCUUGAUGGUCACCUCAAAGCUGGUGACAACGAUGAGGAGAAGGACAUCUGGGAAGAGACGAUUCGGCUCAGAGAGCGAAUGUUCUGGUCCCGGAUCGCGGGUGGCAUUGUUCCACUAGUCCGCCGGGCCGCUGAGCCUGAAGCUGACGUGGAAACCACAAAAUCGAACGUGAAUAUCUCGGAAGAAACUCAUGAGAAUGGGCUUCUCCACCCAAUAGACAAUGCCACCGUUGAAACUAAACCAUACGAUAUGUCUGGUUCGUUGGAGGGCACCCAGAGCCAGAGGAAUUCUAGCAUUUUUGCACCUUCUCUUCCGGACUUUGAUAUGGCCAAGCCGGGGACACCUGAUCCUUACAGCUUGCAAAACGAGAGAAUCGAAGAUUGCACUUCUGAUGUGCCCCAGAGGCGAGACUCUGUUGAUUCAGACGUCAGUGUCUAUGAAGAAGCCAAUGCCAAUACCCAUGCCAAUGCUGAGACCGAAUACCCGGAGUCCGAUGAAGCACAGACUCCGACGGUUCAUGAAAAAGAAAGCGCUGAAGCUGCUGGCCAGAGCAGUCAAUGA